AUGGCGAACGAUGAAUAUGAUGUUGACACAAAGACCAUCAAAGCGCAGAUCUGGGAUACGGCUGGUCAAGAACGAUACCGAGCCAUCACUUCUGCCUACUACCGAGGGGCUGUUGGAGCGCUACUUGUCUACGAUAUCAGCAAGCACCAGACAUAUGACAAUGUCACGAGAUGGUUGAAAGAGCUACGAGAUCAUGCCGAUAGCAACAUUGUGAUUAUGCUGGUGGGAAACAAGAGUGAUUUAAGGCAUCUGAGAGCUGUGCCUACCGAAGAGGCCAAGCAAUUUGCCAGCGAGAACAAUCUCUCGUUUAUCGAGACCUCCGCACUUGACGCAAGCAACGUUGAGCUAGCAUUUCAGAACAUCUUGACAGAGAUCUACCGAAUCGUGUCAAGCAAAGCCCUCGAUAGCAACGAAGGUUCACAGCCAGGUGUUAAUGCAGGAGCCAAGAUUGAUAUUACGCCGACCAGCAACACAGACAGCAAGAAGUCUAACUGCUGUUGA